UCCUCGAUAAACGCGUGCCCCAGGCUGCUCGUGACGCGAUCCUCUCGGCGAACGCGCGAGGAGUUCGCGUUUCGUCGUGGAUUUGAACCGCGUGACCGCUCACCCGCCUCAAGAUGAUGAAGUUCAAGCAACAGGGGCUAGUCGCGGACUUAAUGCCCAACAUAAAGCUGAUGAAAGCCAGUGGGCAUUUUUUGUUCAACUAUUACACUGACAAUGCUACGAAGGGUAUGCACAAAAUCUACUGCAUCGUGCAUCUAGUACUGAUCCUAAUACAGUUCGGAUUCUGCGGUAUAAACCUAAUGUUGGAGAGCGACGACGUUGACGAACUGACGGCGAACACGAUCACGAUGCUGUUCUUCACGCACAGCGUGGUUAAGCUCGGUUAUUUCGCCGUCAGGAGCAAGUUGUUCUACAGAACCUUCGGUAUUUGGAAUAAUCCGAACAGCCAUCCUCUGUUCGCCGAGAGUAACGCGCGUUAUCAUCAGAUUGCUGUGAAAAAAAUGAGAAUACUGUUGAUGGCCGUCAUGGGAACCAGUGUGCUCACCGUCAUUUCUUGGACCACAAUCACGUUCAUCGGUGAUUCCGUGAAGAAGGUCGUCGAUCCUGUUACCAACGAAACCUCUUUUGUCGAGGUACCAAGAUUGAUGGUGCGUUCUUGGUAUCCGUACGACCCCAGCCACGGGAUGGCUCACAUUCUUACGUUAGUAUUCCAACUUUACUGGCUGAUAUUUACCAUAGCAGACGCGAAUCUCCUAGACGUGCUGUUCUGUUCGUGGCUCCUCUUCGCUUGUGAACAAAUUCAGCAUCUAAAGAAUAUCAUGAAACCACUGAUGGAAUUCAGCGCGACCCUGGACACUGUUGUACCAAACAGUGGAGAAUUGUUUAAAGCCGGUGCGAACAUGGAUCACGGGAAGGAUCAAGAUCUACCACCGCCAGCCACGCCACAUCCUCAAACCGAUAAUAUGCUGGACAUGGAUCUUCGAGGAAUAUACAGCAACAGGACAGAUUACACGACUACCUUCCGGGCAACUGCUGGCGCGACCUUUAACGGCGGUGUAGGACCAAAUGGAUUGACACAGAAACAGGAGAUGUUGGUCAGAAGUGCCAUCAAAUAUUGGGUAGAGAGGCACAAACACAUUGUCAGAUUGGUCACUUCAGUCGGUGAUGCUUACGGUGUUGCUCUACUGCUGCACAUGUUAGCCACCACCAUCACCUUAACUUUGCUUGCUUACCAAGCAACGAAGAUACACGGUGUCGAUACAUACGCAGCAUCGGUAAUAGGCUACUUGUUGUACUCCCUGGGACAAGUUUUCAUGCUCUGCAUAUUUGGAAACCGUCUCAUUGAAGAGAGCUCAUCUGUGAUGGAAGCCGCUUACUCUUGUCACUGGUACGACGGGUCAGAGGAGGCUAAGACUUUCGUACAAAUCGUCUGUCAACAGUGUCAAAAAGCGAUGUCGAUUUCAGGCGCGAAAUUCUUCACCGUCUCUUUGGAUCUUUUCGCUUCGGUGCUGGGAGCUAUGGUCACAUACUUCAUGGUGUUGGUGCAACUGAAGUGAACACUAAGAACUACAUUCUUCAGGGUCGAACACGAAAUUCGGAAUGUUCGAAUAUGCCUGAUCGCAAUUAUCAAGAAGAGACACGAAUCUCGUACUUCGUACUUUGUUAUAAUGCUUUUUGAAAGACUUUCAGGUUGGAUUAAGCUGGGAACUGUGACUACAGGACAAUGUACGAUUAUAGACUACACCAAAGAGAGUAUCC